GUCAAACCGAUUCAACAAAAGCAGAUCGACAAUUCGGGCAUGCCCUUUAGGAUUGAGUGCCCAAGUCAACAAUCAGAUACGUCAUUCCCAAAUUCCUUUUCAUGUUCUUGUGUUCAAACAAGAAUUGAUCAGUACCAGUCAAAAAGAUCAGCGCACCCAAGGCCAUAGAUCUGUGGUACCAAGAUUCUAGAUUAUUACUAAGUUUAACCCAUUACGGUUUCACUUUUCAACAGACUAUAAACUUCGAAUUAGCGACUUAAAUGAAGUCGAUUGAUGGGAAUGGGAGUACAAGUCAAGUUUUCCCACACGGAAUUCUUUUUCAUUAUUUGCAAAUGUUUCAAGACCGAGCAUUACCUGGUGGGUACAAAUUCAUGUUUAUCGCUGUAAUUACUUCACUUUUCUUGGUUCUUCAGCAUGAGGCCACAUAGUUUCUUUACGCCCUGCGCUAUUUUCCUACAGAUCACGGCCUGCCUCGCGGCUUCUUAUGGAAAAUGUCACAGCCCUAAUUUUGAUUGCGCAGGUAUAAAUAUGUCGUACCCUUUUGGGAUUCUGAACCAGGGCUGUGGUCUUCUGGGCUUCCAAGUGGACUGUGAAGGUAACCCUCAGCUACAUGUCCACAGAAAUGACUACAGGAUACUUAAUGCUUCCUUGAUCUCUCAAAGACGGAUUACCAUGGUAAACCAAAAGCUUUUUAAAGCCUGCAGCUUGGACCCGGAUGUGUAUGAUGAUCUCAGUAAUUCCCAUUUUCUGGUUUCGCGUCAGAAUUCCAAUAUUACAGAGCUUCGAGACUGUGGGAAGAAAAUACCCAAGCAAAUCGUUAAGUUCCACUGCAAUAAUAGGAGUGGUGAAUUUGAGGAGUGGUAUUUUGGGUUUGAUGUAGAAAAGUCCGAGUCUUGCACCGAAGUCUAUUCAGUCCCUGUUUUGGAAAAGCCUAAAACGAUGCCUAAACAAAGCUCACAGUUUAUACAGCUUUUGCGGAGAGGAUUCCAGGUGGAAUGGCAGGAUCCUAAAAUCAUCUUUCCAGAUUGUGGCAGCUGUGAGGCAACAAAAGGGAUUUGUGGUUAUCAUCCUUAUACUGAAACUUUUUGCUGCUACUGCCCAAAUGGAAGCACACAUCUUUUCAAUUGCUCGGAUGGUCUUGGAAUGGCCUAUACAUAUCACCGUAAGAGGAAGAAAUCCAUGAGUGCUAGCGUAAUAAUAGGUGGUAGUAUUGGAGUGCUGGGAGUGAUUGUAACAACAGUACUGAUAGUACUAUUCUACACUAGAUCAAAGCCAAAGCGGAACACAGAGGACCAUGGAUUCUGCAAAGAAAGAGGUCACAGCUUAGAAGCAGGGCGUAAGAUAGGGAUCCUCCCAAUUUUCUCCUAUCACGAACUUGAAGAAGCCACAAAUUUUUUCAGUGAGGAGAACCAACUGGGAAACGGAGGCUUCGGAUCAGUUUAUCUGGGCUGUCUCAAAGAUGGCCGAUCUGUAGCAGUAAAGAGACUUUACCAGGACAACACCAGAAGGGUAGAACAGUUCCUUAAUGAAAUAGAGAUCCUCUCAUCACUGCAUCACCAAAAUCUCGUGAGGCUCUUUGGCUGUACCUGUCCAAACACCAGAGAUUUAUUACUGGUCUACGAAUAUAUCCCCAAUGGGACCCUGGCGGAUCAUCUGCACGGGGAAAGGAAGCGGCCAGGGGGGCUGAACUGGGGAACCCGCUUAAACAUUGCUGUAGAAACCGCUCAGGCCUUGGCCUUUCUCCACUGUUUUGACCCGCCAAUUUUUCACAGAGAUGUCAAGUCCGCUAACAUUCUUCUGGACGAGAAUUUCAAAGCCAAAGUCUCAGAUUUUGGUCUCUCCAAGCUGGCGACUGUAAAUGUCAGCCACGUCACUACAGCUCCUCAUGGCACUCCCGGGUAUGUUGAUCCGGAAUACCAUCAGUCGUUUCAGCUGACGGAGAAAUCCGACGUGUACAGCUUCGGGGUCGUUUUGGUGGAGAUCAUUUCUGCAAAAUUAGCUGUGGAUGUCAGUCGGAACAGAAGAGAAAUCAGUCUGGCCCAUUUGGCGGUAGCGAAGAUUCAAGCGGGGGCUUUGCAUGAGCUUGUGGAUCCCGAUUUGGACAUUGAAAUGAAUUUUGAGGUGAAGAGAAUGGUGAAUGCAGUUGCUGAACUGGCGUACGAGUGCCUGGCAAUUGAACGGGACGACAGACCUGACAUGAGACAGGUCGUUUUUCGGCUUGAGCAAAUAAGAAACUCGGGCUCUGGGGGAAGCCAAAGUGUGAACUUAAAUAGCAUUACUGUUUCAUAGGACCGUGGCGGAAAACACAAAACGGAAACAGUGACCGGCGGGCUGUGGGCUGACUGGAGUUCCCGGUUCCCGGCACACGUGCGCAAGCAUCGAAUUUCCAGAUUGCGGCUUUUUGAAAAGGGAGUGCAAUUCCACGUAAUUGUGGGUCGCAAAUUGUUGAAUUAUUUGAGCACUUGGCGCAAAAAUAUUUGCGGCCACGUGCGUCGGCGGAUUCUGUGUUCCUUUCCUUUUGUCAUUUCAUACCGUGAAGUAAGGAUUGUUUCUCAUCGGUCCACGUGGCAGAGGGAGGGCCAUUGCCUAUUUUUGAUGGCGGUAUUUAGAUGGUUGUUUGGUUGUAAAAUAUAAUUAUAACUUUUCAGAAGAUGGGAUAUAGGAUCAACCAUCAGAUUUAAUAGAAUUAUUCACACGUAUUUUUAAUUAAUUUAUAUAUAUUUUUGAACCAA